AUGGAGAAGAAAGAGGGGGGAGGGGCCUCGCUGGUGGUGGUGUGGUCGGUGGUGCUGGAGCCUGGAAGGUUCUGGAGAGUGGAGAAACCGAGAAAGGAGAAGAACUGUGGAGCGGACGAGCGGUGGAGGGAAUUUAAACGGGUUGCAACAGGGCAAGUUGCAAGCACCGGUAUAGUCGCACUGAGCUAUGUUCAAAAGGUUUCUGAGAAGGUUUCCCUUGCAUCUGAUUUCAUGUACAAUCAUAUGACAAGAGAUGUAACUUCAAGUUUUGGUUAUGAUUACAUCCUUAGACAGUGUCGUUUAAGGGGGAAAAUUGAUUCCACUGGUUGUGUGGCUGCUUAUCUUGAGGAGCGACUUAAUAUGGGCGUCAAUUUUAUUCUUUCUGCAGAGAUUGAUCAUCGGAAGAAAGACUACAAAUUUGGGUUUGGUAUGACUGUAGGAGAGUAAAGCUUCUUGUAACAUCUCUUCACAAGAAUUAAUGAUUUUCUGGUCACUGGUUUUGUUGGCUGGGCCUUGUUUUCAUGGCCUGCCGGGGCCGCCAAGUCUGAACGGUUCUUCAAGUUCUUCCUGGCAAGUUUAUUAUGUUGAAGGUUUUAUGGAAAGAAAGAAACCAUCAUUUUUGCAAUUUUAUCAGUUGAUUUCAAACAUUUGGAUCCAGCAUUUGGUGGCCAUUUGACAUUCAUGGCAUUCUCAGGCCAUGAUUCCAUGUUCAUCGCUGAUGGAACAAGCUCUAUAACAGGGUUGAUCAAUGAUUAGUUAUUCUGGUCUUUCAUUUAGAUAA